ACGCUGCUGGGCCCCCCGAUGUCCACUCGAUGGGGUUCUUCUUCACGCUCAACGGGAUCGCGAUGGGGCAGACGACGGUGGUGAUGACGGAGUCCGCGGUGCGGGCCGGGCUGAGGGGCGUGCUGGACGUGGCGGAGCGGUCGGGGAUCACGGAGAUCAUGGCGGCGGCGCCCGUGGUCGUGGGUAUGGCGAGGGAGAUGAGGCAGCACUGGAGGCUGCCGCCGGCGCUGGAGCACGCGAUCUGCGGCGGCGCACAGCUUCCAGACUCCGCGGCGAAGCAGUUCCGGCGUCGCUUCCUGCACGUGGAUCUGUGCAUGGUGAGUACUAGUAGUACUGUCUCCAGUCUCUAG